GGGAAGAAAGGUCAGAAAUCGACGGCAGAAGGAAAGAAUUACUGCAGUAAAGAGGAUUAUCUCUUUUUAAACUAACUACUUCUUAUAAUUGAACCGCUUAACUUCUCGGGAUUUAACGCGUAGUAUUGGCAGUUUACCCAACAAUGUAAACGGGAGCGCGUGAAGGUUGCCUUUGACGUUUGCUGACUACAUUUUGGCUAGCAUUAGGCUAGCAGCUGCAUUGUAGUGUUUUCGCUUGAUUUGGCUAACGCGGAACUCAUAGAUCUUCCUUCCUGUUCAGAGGAAAGGCUCCAGACUGCCUGAGUGAUGGUUUUCUGUCUUUUUCAAGAAGAUGGAUGUAAAAUCCAGCGGCACCAACAACCAUCAGCGACUGCUGGUCGUUCUGUUGAUGGUGUUGCUCUUUGGCGUCAUCAUGAUCCAGUAUGUGUGCCCCGGCAGGUCGGAAUGCCGCGUGCUACACCAGCUCGGAUCCUUGUUUACCAUCGUCGGUGCAACUGGUUCUCGAACCAGUGGCAAUGAGCUGCAGGACGGGCUCCAGAAAGAUCCGUACAUCGCAGAGGACAGUGCUUUAUCCCGGUUUGUCCCUCGAUUUAACUUCACCAAAGACGAUCUUAACCGCGGCGUAGAUUUCAACAUCAAAGGGGAUGAUGUCAUCGUUUUCCUGCACAUUCAAAAGACAGGGGGCACGACGUUUGGUCGACACUUGGUACGGAAUAUUAAAUUAGAAAGACCGUGUGAGUGCCACGCGGGUCAGAAGAAAUGCACCUGUUUGCGGCCAGGUAAGAUGGAAACCUGGCUGUUUUCCCGGUUCUCCACGGGCUGGAGCUGUGGGCUCCAUGCAGACUGGACCGAGCUGACCAGCUGUGUCCCUUCAAGAAUGGACUCCAGAGAAGUUCCCAAGAACUCGCCCAUAAGAAACUAUUAUUAUAUAACGAUCUUAAGAGAUCCAGUGUCAAGGUACCUGAGCGAGUGGCGUCAUGUGCAGCGUGGUGCUACGUGGAAGGCCUCCUUACAUGUUUGUGAUGGACGCUCACCAACGUUGUCAGAGCUGCCGAGCUGCUAUUCAGGGGAUGACUGGUCAGGCUGCUCCCUGCAGGAGUUCAUGGACUGCCCCUACAACCUGGCCAACAACCGACAAACCCGCAUGCUGGCUGACCUCAGUCUGGUGGGCUGCUACAAUGUCUCUACCAUGACUGAGGAAGAACGCUGGGCAGUGCUUCUAGAGAGUGCCAAACGCAAUCUUCGGGGCAUGGCCUUCUUUGGCCUCACAGAGUACCAGCGUAAGACCCAAUACCUCUUCGAACGAACUUUUAACUUGGAGUUCAUUGCACCCUUCACACAGCUGAAUGGCACCCGUGCGUCCACUGUCGACGUACCGCCUGGGACGCAGCAGAGGAUCCUCGAACUUAACAGAUGGGAUGUAAAAUUGUACGAGUAUGCACGGGACCUUUUCUUGCAGCGCUUUCAGGUAACGAGGCAGCAGGAACGGAGACAGGCCAGGGAAAGGCGUCAGGAGCAGAGGAGACGGGUCAGGGGACGGUUCCCCUCAAAGCAGGGCUUACCUCAGAAGACUACAGAAACGCCACACACUGUUGUAACAGAAGAGCCUCAGAGGGAGAAGGCUGCCGGGAACGACGUCGAUUCUAAAGGGCUGCUCCCAGACUGGUGGGAUCUGGAUGAUAAUAGCACAGACGAGGAUUACACCGACAAUGUAGAGCAGUGGUAGCAGUAGGAUGUUUAAAACACAAAGUGUGCCAUAAUACUGCCUUGUCUGGUUUUAAUAAUUCAAGCUAAUGUCAUUAUGCACCUUUCAUUUUUUAUUUUAAAUUUUAAUGGUUUUUCAAACUACACAAUAAUUUAUUGAUGUUGGUUGCUUUUUGUUUACUUAUGGUACUGUUUUUAAAACAAGUCUCAGACCUUUUGGUGGUGGUAGUUUUCUGCUAUCUUCUGGAAUUUAAAUUCAUGUGACUUUGAACCAGAUCUUUUUUUUUUUAAUUUUUAUUUUUGUACUCUUACGUGAUGUCUUAUAUGUGGUUUUCUGCAUUUAGUUUUACCAAGUUAAAAAUAAAUCUAAACGCAUAUAUUUACAAAUGUACUUGUAUUUAUGUUUUGCAGCAGAAAGGAAGAGUGGAACUUUUAUAUAUACCUCAGUGCGUGGCAUAAACUGCUUAUGCUGUUAAAUAACUGAAUGUCUGUCUUUUUUUAAAUAAAAAUGGAUUUGCAUUUUCAGAAACUGUUGUUUUCUUGUUGUGCAAACUAUUAAAACUUCUUGAAAGGCCA